AAUUCGCCAAUUCGCCAAUUCGCCAAUUCGCCAGUCCAAGACGAUCAAAAACCAGACAGCGAUUACAAUGCUCCUCUCUGGGUCGCGUGCCAGUGCCUUACGGCUUCUUCCUCCAGGAUCCUGGGACACACAUGUGCACGUUUUCGAUGCUUCAGUGGGAGCAUACUCACCGUCAAGAGCGUAUACUCCCGCUGAGGCGAGUUUAGAAAAGCUGAAGCGUUUCAGCGCUGGUUUGACUGAAGAUGCUCGUCCGUCGAAUCUGGUACUCGUCCAGCCGUCACCGUACGGCACUGACAACAAAGUCUUGCUCCACUCACUAAAGCAGCUCCGAGACCAGGGCUUUACAUUAGCACGCGCAAUUGCAGUCAUGAAUAUCGCUACGACUCAGGAUAAUGAGCUGUGGUCCAUGCAUCAACUUGGAGUUCGCGGUCUGCGGCUCAAUAUGGUGUCAGAUGGGCGUGCGGUUGAUGUGGAUAGUCUGCGCAAGCUUGUUACGCAAGCUGCAACAAAAAUCAAAGACCUUCCCAAUUGGAAACUCGAGCUAUUUUGCCCUGCAAGGGUAUGGGACGUCAUUGCCGACCAUAUUGGCGGUCUGCUGGGACAUUCCAAGCUUGUAAGUGCGGAAAGCUUGACAGAAUCCAUCGACUCCACAAAGCAGCCCGGAUUCCAGUCUUUGGUCUCGCUGGCACAAGACUCCAAGGUCAUUAUCAAAAUCUCCGGCCUAUACCGCGCUUCGAAUCAAGGUGACACGGGCUAUAAUGACCUCGAGUCUAUUAUCAGUGCUUUAGGUAAACAAGUGCCCCAUCGACUGGUAUGGGCUAGUGAUUGGCCACACACUGGCGAAGGUAGCAAUCGUGGAGCGCGGGAUUUGGACAAGAUAGAGGAUUUCAGAACAGUAGAUAACGAGACGAUCCUUAAGAACCUCAGAGAGUGGGUCGGAGGUGAGGACAUGUGGGUGAACAUGAUGGUUCACACACCUUCGGAUGUAUACAGGUAA